UAGUGUCUCCAUCUCACAAUAAUAUUUUGAACUUGUAAAAUCACGUAGCGUUCCGUACAUAGGCUGUUAAAAAGAAAAGUAGUUAGUGUUUCUCUACAAAUUUUUAUAUUUUUAUUAUAUAAAUACUUCUUUACAUACCCAUUGCCUAAUAAUAUUAUUCAUAUCAUAUACAUGUAUAUAUUGUUGGGGUAAUAGGGUAAAAGUAAACAAUCAAGGUCUGCUGAAGUGAUUAAAAAAUUGUAACGAAGAAAUAGGAAAGAAUUUUUUACUAGGACGUUUAUCAGUUAAUGAAGCCAUAGAACAAGAGUAAUUUGAAACAACGAGUUCAUUCAACAAGAUUGUUGAGGAGGAAAAAUUGCAGAGAGGUGAUAAUUAUUGACAAGAUUAAAGUAGUGCAAUGCUCAAUAAAAAAAGAAAAAGGUGGUAAAGGAAGAAGAAAAGAAAUUUAAAAAAGGGCAAUCCAGACAUUUUUAUCCUUUUAAAUUUGAUAACGUAAAUAUAAAAGAAUGUGACAUUUUAAAAGACUUUUUGUUCAUAAAUAAUAAUACGAGAGGGAGUGAUUUUUAUCGAUUUUUGCAAGAUAAAACAACAACAGAAGAACUUUUAAAGCGACUAGAAUUUUCGUCUGCUAUGAAAAUAGUUAUAAAAGAAAGAAAACUUUCUCCGAAAGAAAUAAAAGAAAGAUUUUUAGAUAAAUUAGUAUUUGCAGUUAAUCAACCCAAUAGAGAAGAACUGAACAGCAUUAUUAAAAAUGAAAUAAAAAAAAAUAGUGAAGCUCGAGAUGAUUAUAUAAAAUUACAAGAAAAAAUGUUAUGUGAUUUAACAGCUACAGAAAAGCAAAAAAAAUUUGCGAAUUAUAUAUCUGAAACUAUAUAUGAGUUCAAUUUACUAAUGCUCUUCUUACAUGACAUGUUUUUACAUAAAAACAUAUCUUCCAUAAAUUUUGAAAGAAAAAGCCAUGAUAUUACUCUUAACCAACUUAACAAGGAAAACUUGAAGAGUAGUAUUAAAAAUGAGGUAGAAAAAAAUAAUAGGUCUAAUAAAGUUCCAUAUAAUUAUGAAGAAUUACAUGAGAUGGCGUUACGUUGGUCAGAAUCUCAUGAAUUUGGCCCUAUUACAAAAGGAAUAAUGGAAAAACUUUUGGCAGAUAUAAAAAAUAAUAGAUCUAGUUAUAAAGACAUUCAAAAUAAAAACAUUGAUCAAGAAAUUAAAUUUGCUAAAAGCAUAGUUGGUAAAGAAGGAACACCUGCAUUUAAUGACUUCUUAGAUCAUUUAAUUAAAGGAGAAGGAAAAGAAUAUCUAGAAGUUCUGAAAAGAAAUAGAAUAAAUCUAGCUAGUAUGUCCAGUAUUUUGGAUAAAGCAAGAACUAAUGCUACAAAAGCCUUCAAAGACUUAUAUAAUCUUUGGUUUGAUGCAAAAGGAAAUAAAACACAAUAUUUAAAAAUUCUAGAAAAAGAAGGAAUAAAACUAUCUACUGUAUCCAGUAUUUUAAGCGGAGCAGGAUCUAGUGCUGCAAAAGCUUUUACAGACUUAUAUGAUCUUUGGAUUGACGAAGAAGGAAAUAAAACACAAUAUUUAAAAACUCUAGAAAAAAGAGGGAUAAAUCUAUCUACUGUAUCCAGUAUUUUAAGUAGAGCAGGAGCUAAUGCUGCACAAGCUUUCAAAAAUUUAUAUGAUCUUUGGUUUGAUGCAAAAGGACGUAAAACACAGUAUUUGAAAACUCUAGAAAAAGAAGGAAUAAAUCUAUCUAAUAUGUCCAGUAUUUUGAAUGGGGCAAGAACUAAUGCUGCAAAAGCUUUCAAAGACUUAUAUGAUCUUUGGUUCGAUGCAAAAGGAUGUAAAACACACUAUUUAGAAACUCUAGAAAAAGAAGGAAUAAAUCUAUCUAAUAUGUCCAGUAUUUUGAAUGGUGCAAGAACUAAUGCUGCAAAAGCUUUCAAAGACUUAUAUGAUCUUUGGUUCGAUGAAGAAGGAAAUAAAACAGAAUACUUAAAAACUCUAGAAAAAGAAGGAAUAAACCUCUCUAAUAUGUCUAGUAUUUUAAGUAAAGCAGGAUCUAGUGCUGCAAAAGCUUUCAAAGGCUUAUAUGACCUUUGGUUUGAUAAGCAAGGAAAUAAAACAGAAUAUUUAAAAACUCUAGAAAAAGAAGGAAUAAAUUUAACCAAUAUGUCCAGUAUUUUAAGUGGAGUAGGAGCUAAUGCUGCAAAAGCUUUUACAGACUUAUAUGAUCUUUGGUUUGAUAAAAAAGGAAAUAAAACACAAUAUUUAGAAAUUCUAGAAGAAGAACGAGUAAAUCUGUCUACUGUAUCCAGUAUUUUGCAUGGAGCAGGAUCUAGUGCUACAAAAGCUUUUAAAGACUUAUAUGACCUUUGGUUUGAUAAGCAAGGAAAUAAAACACCAUAUUUAAAAAUCCUAGAAGAAGAAGGGAUAAAUUUAACUAAUAUGUCCAGUAUUUUAAGUAAAGCAGGGUCUGGUGCUGCGAAAGCUUUCAAAGGCUUAUAUGACCUUUGGUUUGAUAAGAAAGGAAAUAAAACAGAAUAUUUAAAAACUCUAGAAAAAGAAGGAAUAAAUUUAACCAAUAUGUCUGGUAUUUUGCAUGGAGCAGGAGCUAAUGCUGCAAACGCUUUUAAAGACUUAUAUGAUCUUUGGUUUGAUGCAAAAGGGAAUAAAACACACCAUUUAAAAGCUCUAGAAGAAGAAGGAAUAAAUUUAACGAAUGUGUCCGGUAUUUUGCAUGGAGCAGGAUCUAGUGCUGCAAAGGCUUUCAAAGGCUUAUAUGAUCUUUGGUUUGAUGCAAAAGGGAAUAAAACACACCAUUUAAAAACUCUAGAAAAAGAAGGAAUAAAUCUAUCUACUGUAUCCAGUAUUUUGCAUGGAGCAGGAGCUAAUGCUACAAAAGCUUUUAAAGAUUUAUAUGAUCUUUGGUUCGAUGAAGAAGGAAAUAAAACACAAUAUUUAAAAACUCUAGAAGAGGAAGGAAUAAAUCUAUCUACUGUAUCCAGUAUUUUGAAUGGAGCAGGAUCUAGUGCUGCAAAAGCUUUCAAAGACUUAUAUCACCUUUGGUUUGAUGAAGAAGGAAUUAAAACGCAAUAUUUAAAAACUCUAGAAAGAGAAAAAAUAAAUCUAACUAAUAUGUCCAGUAUUUUAGGUGGAGCAGGUGCUAAUGCUACAAAAGCUUUUAAGGAGCUAUAUAAUACCUUUUGCGAUGAACAGGGAAAUAAAAAACAGCAGUUAAAGCAUUUUAUUAAGAAAAAAGGUUUUACAAUACAUAACUUAUCUGGUAUAUUAAGUAGAUCAGGAGCUAAUGCUAAAGAUGCUUUUGAAAAAUUGCAUUGUGUUUUUUUUAAUGACAAAGGGAAAGAAACAAAACUUUUAAAUGACUUCUAUAAUGCCGAUUUUGAGCCAGGUAACUUAUCUUGUAUGUUAUGUGGAGCAGGAGCUCGUGCUUCUUUUAUUUUGAAGAGAUUUCAUACUAUUUGUUUUGAUGAUGAAGGUGAAAGAACAGAACUUUUAGAUGGUUUCUAUAAUGCAGGUUUCAGACCAGGUGAUUUAUGCAAUAUAUUGAGUGGUGCAGCAGAUAGUUUAGAAGAAUUUUAUAAUUUUUGCUUUAUAGGAGAAACAAAAAAGUAUUUAAAUCAUUUCUUAAAUGAGAGGGAAAAUUUUACGUUGAGUAAUUUAUGUAAUAUAUUGCAUGGGGCAAGAGCUAAUGUCUGUUCUGCUUUCAAAGAUUUUUGUGAUGCUUGUUUUGAUGAAGCAGGAAACAAAACACAGCUUUUAGAUGAUUUCUCUAAGGCAGGUUUUAAGCCGUGUGAUUUAUCUAAUAUAUUAUCUAUGUCAGGGAAUAAUGCCACUUCUAUUUUAAGGAAUUUUCAUAAGUCAUGUUUUAAUAAAGAAAAUUAUUUAAAUCACUUCUUAACUGAGAAGAAACUUUUUACACCGAAAAAUUUAUCCAAGAUAUUACGUGGAAUAGGAAUUAAUAUUUGUCCCACCUUUGAAAAAUUGCACGAUCUUUGUUUUGAUAGGGCAGGAAACAAAACAAAUUAUUUAAACAGUCUUAUCAAAAAUAAUUCACAGAAUAAGAUAUCUAACAUAUUAUAUAAAAAAGUUAGAAAGGGUCCUACUUAGAUGAACAGAAUAUUAAUGAAGAAGACAAAACAACCAAUGCAAGCCUUGAGUCGAGUAACUUAUCCAAGCAAGAACAAAACUUAGUUUACAUCAAGGUGGUACUAAAGUUAAGAGAAAAAUCCCGAAGGUUACCGUAAAUCGGAGAAUAAACAGACAGGGAACUACUGAUGGAAUAGAUGAUAACCCUGAAAUGCAUUUAAGUGAUGCAAUAAUAGAUAAUCAACUAACAAGAUCACCUAACUUUUAGGCUAUUUCUUCCUGAAGUUGUUAUUUUAACCCUAAUUCUGGAUUCUGGAAGGAAGAAAGUAUAGAAGUAUAGGAAAUAGAAGACUUUGGAUUUUAUGGAGUAGAAAAUGAGAGUAGAAAAGAUAUGAACUAAGAUAUUAACAAGGGAUCUAUGGCACAACCGUCUUAAUAAUAGACUUUUUUCUCAGCAAAAUCUUUUCGUUUGGCGAAAUCAAUAAUGCCUGUUUUCACCUUGGUUUAGACUGCGAUUAAACAGCUCUUGAAGAAGAGAAAUAUGUCCUAAACCAAACUCAGCAGUGUCGAUUUUCUUUUCUUUUCUGCCUUUUUCAUGUUCGAUUUGGAUAGCUUCUCUAUUUAUGAGUUAUAUCACUAUCAUAUUGUGUAGUAGGUUUAUACGUAUGCAUUCAUACAUUAAAUAUAUGCAUAUUUUAAUGAUUACUUCAUUAUUUAUUUAUGCAAGUGUGCAUAAAUUAACGUACAUAUUUUUAAAAUACAAAUAUCAGUCUACUGUAGUGAUCCUCUGAAUCUUUUUCUAAUUUAAAGAGGUUAUCCUUUGAACAGAACAUAAUACAUUUUACUUUUUGCACGUCUCAUACGCAUAGUUUCGUGUGAUUCCGUUGAAAUAAAAUGUUAGAAAAGAAUUAUGAAGCAAUACCUUUCAAUUUAAUAUUCAUUUUUUUUAUGUAUGUAAAUUUUUAAAGUUUUAAUUAUUUCUACCAU